CUGGAGCUGGAGAACGGGCGAAGGGGAUGCAAGAUGGCGGACCUCGAAGAUGUUACGCUGGACGGGAGGCCGCUUCAUUCGCUUCGUGUGGCGGAUCUUAAAGCUGCACUGGAGGAAAGAGGCCUAUCUAAGAGUGGGCAGAAGAAUGCCCUAAUCAAACGAUUAAAAGGGGCUCUGAUGCUGGAGAACCUUCAGAAGACCUCAACACAUCACAUAGGACUCCAACCAAAUUCUCAGAUAGGAGAGGAGAUGAGUCAGAACAGCUUCAUCAAACAAUACCUGGCCAAGCAACAGGAGCUCCUGAGACAGCGCUUGGAGAGAGAGGCCAGAGAGGCUGCUGAGACGGACGGUGCAGACCAAGAUGACCAGAGGGAGACCAGUGAUGGUCCUGCAUGUCCUGCCCCAAACCAGGAUGUCGCCCCUGAUUUAGUUGACCAGCACAAAAGUCUGCCCCCUCCGGUGGGCGAGGGCUUCGGGGUCUCGGCAGGUGAUGCAAAUGCGGACGGUGCCCGGGAGAGGGAGGCGCCAGCGGGGCCCCCGUCUUCUUCUGCCCCCGCGCCUCCGCCCACCUCUGUGGCCGCCCUGUCAGUGCGCGUGGUGGCAGGCGACAAGGGCCCGUCCUCCAGCCGUGCCCCAGCAGACAGCGACGAGGAGAGUGAAGGAGGAGACGAGGACGAGGAUGACGAUGAUGACGACUGGGAUGCGAACGCGAGGCGUAGGAAUCGAGGAGAGCAGCCGGUGCUGCAGCAGCAGCAGCUGCCGCCCAGGGCCCAGCUGGCCAGAGAGCGGUCUGGGGGCUCCUCCCGGCAGCAGCCCCAGCCCCACAUCCCUCCGCUGCUGUCCCAGCAGCUGCGGCAGCCCACGCCACCGCCCUCGCCUCCCCCAGAGCUCUCCUUCCCUCUGCCAGACACUCCUAAGCAGAGCCCCCCCAGCCCAGAGGAAGAACCCCCGUCCAGGCAGCGUACCAGCAGCACGUCCAGCUCCGGCAGCUCCAGCAGUGGCAGCCGCAGUAGCAGCCCUGAGCCACAGAGUGGCGCUGCAGAUCGGCGACCCGGCCCCCUGUCAUUGCUGGCACGCAAGAUGGAGUCCGAGGGAGCCUUCUCAGGAGUGGUCAGACGCGGACGAGACGAAGCCCAGGGACGGGAAGAUGCCGCCGCAGGUGCCGCCGUAUUUCCCGGGAGAGGUCACCAAGAUGGCGCAGUGUCUGCCAUCACGCACACUGCCAACGCCUCGGCCGCUCUGGGCUACCCAGGAUCCAUCUCUGUCAUUGGAGGCCCUCAUGUUCACAGCCAGGGCCCAGUAAGUGUCGUUCGCGCCACCAUGGAAGAAAGGGACUCACUGAAGCAGGACCAUGAGCCUCAGCUACCUUGGCAGAGGGAAAACGAAGACAGAGGGAGGCAGUGGGAGAGGGAGCAAGAGAGGCUUAAAGCACUCGAGAAGGAGAGAGAGGAGAGGAAAGCUCUGGAGCUUGAAAGGGAGAGAGCCCUGGCCCAAGAAAGAGAGGUGAGGGAGAGAGAACACGCUUUGGAGCGAGAGCGUCUGGAAAAAGAGCGAUUGGAGAGGGAGCAGGCUUUGGAAAGAGAGAAAUUAGAGAGGGAGAGACAACAAGCAUUGGAGAGGGAAAGAUUGGAGAGGGAGAGACAACAAAUCCUUGAGAGGGAACGUCUGGAGAGAGAAAGACUAGAGCGAAUACAAGCUUUGGAAAGAGAGAGGCUGGAACGAGAAAUUCAGGACCGAGAGAGGAUGGAGCGAGAAAUGCAGGAGCGGCAGGAGAGAGAGCGGCAGGAGAGAGAGCGGCAGGAGAGAGAGAGACAGGAGAGAGAGCGACAGGAGAGAGAGCAAGCUCUGGAGCGCGAGAGGCUUGAAAGAGAAAAGGCUUUAGAGAGGGAGAGGUUGGAGAGAGAAAGACUGGAGAGGGAGAAGCUCGAGAAAGAACGUCAGGAGAGGCUGGAACGAGAACGACAGGAGCGGGAGAGACUUGAGAAAGAGCGUCAGGAGAAAGAGAGAUUAGAGAGAGAGCGCCUGGAGAGAGAGCGGUUGGAGAGGGAGAGACUUGAGAAAGAACGAAAGGAGAGAGAAAGAAUCGAGAGAGAGCAGGCCCUGGAGAGAGAGAGACUGGAAAAAGAACGGUUUGAGAAGGAACAGGCUCUGGAAAGGGAAAGAAAAGAAAAGGAACAGGCUCUGGAAAGGGAAAGAAAAGAAAAGGAACAGGCUCUGGAGAGGGAGAGACUGGAGCAGGAAAGGCGUGAAAAAGAGCAAGCUCUAGAACGAGAGAGACUGGAGAAACUAAAAGCCAUCGAGAGAGAAGAAAAAGAGAGGUUAGAGAGAGAACAAGCGCGGGAGAGGGAAAGACGGGAGAAAGAGGAAGCUCUGGAGAGAGAGAGAGCCCUUGAAGAGAAGAGACGUCUCGUGGAGCAAGAAAAGAAGGAAAGAGAGGAGAAGGAGAGGGCUCUUGAAAGAGAGCGUGCAUUAGAGCGCGAGAAAGAGGAAAGGAAGGCUGCCUUGGAGCAGGAGAGGCUGAAAGCAGCUGAGCAGGAGAGGGAGAAAACAGCCUUGGAGCGAGAGAGGGAGGAAAGGGAAAAGAUGCUAGAGAAGGAGAGGGAGAGCCGUCUGCCUCCUUGGAAACGCGGGCGUGAGAUUGGGGGCUUUUCCCACUCUCCUGCCCUCCAGCUUGGUGCCCCGGGUAAGACUGGGGCAACAGAGGGAAGGGAUGCAGGGAGUGGCGAGCCAAUGGGACCCUCCCAACACGCGGGAGUCUUCCCGCCAAAAUCCCCCCCAGUCACUACGCCCCUGUCUCCCCAGUCUUCCUCCAAGAAAUUCCGUUUCCUGAGAGAUGCCCCUGUGCUCUCUCCCCCUCCUUCCUCCUCUGCCACUUCCGUGGUCAAGGCGCCCCGCACCUUCUCAGAUAGCCCCUUCCCACAAUCCCAUUCCCCUCUCCACUCCCCCACUAAAGCAGGCCAAGGGGAAGGAGCCCCGCAGGGUCCUCAGGUCCCCUCCGGGAUGGGCUCCCCUCAGAAGCUCGUCAGGCAGGGCGUCCUAGUCUCGGGGUCCCAUGGACCUAACUGGUACGAGGGAGAACGCACGGGGACAGCCCCACCCAUCCAGUUCGCAGAGGGAAAAGACGAGAAACCCAAAACGAGAGAUGUUCUUCAGGAAGAGGACAAGAAAUCAGAUCAGGGGACGCAGUCGUCCGCCAAAGCAGCAGAUGCACCCAGAGCAGUAGAGGAGAAGAUGACCCCUGCAACAGUGCUACCCCCUUCUCCCCCACCAGAGGAGGCUGACGUAUCAAGAGAGAAGGAGAAGAAGAAGAAGGAAGAGAAGAGGAGGAGGAAGGACUCAUCUUCAUCUAGCGACUCGGGUUCAUCUGAUUCCGACUCUGGAUCCUCCUCCUCAUCACACUCUUCGGGAUCAUCCUCUUCCUCGCAGGAAAAAAGCCGCUCCUCUUCCGCUUGUAAGAGGUCUGGAGCCCCCCAAAAGGAGUCCCCAGAGAAGGCAAAGGCUCAGAAACCCGAAAGCCUGAAGGAACCCCCAGCCAUGCCAGCACGCAAGCGUCGGGGUCAAAUUCAAGAGGAGGAAGAGGAAAAGAACGCUGCAAACGACGAGGAUGUAAACAAAAACAAGAAGCCCUGUCCAGAGGUGGAAUCUGAGGAGAUGAAACAAGAGAAGAGAGAAGAACAUGUAGGAGAGAAAACAAAGGAAAAUGAUUCAAUCAGCGAAGUGAAGGAGCCAGUCAUGGAUGAGCCUGAGAAGGCUUCGGAUGUCAGCGAGGAGAGUGCCACACCGAAGGCUUUCUCCACUCGCAGAAUAUCCCUCACUAAUAAGCCGUCCCCGGCUGUGGUGAGUGCGGAGGCCGAGGUGGAGAGCGCCACUGGGGCCGGUCGCAAGAGGAGAUGGGGCGCAAGCACAGCCGUCACUGCCAAGAAGCCGUCAAUCAGCAUCACCACAGACUCACUGAAGUCUCUGAUCCCAGACAUCCGUCCAAGCCUGGGCCAGGAGGCCGUGCUGGACCUGCACCCAGAGGAGACGCCUCUGUCUGGGGAGGAGGAGGCAGGCGACAGGGGCGACCAGGACCUUAAGAUCCGACGCACAGUCACACAGGUGGUUCCCUCUGAAGCACAGGAGAACGGACAGAAGGAAUCAAAGAGGAGUGAGCAGGAGGAAGAGGAGGAGGACGAGGAUGAAGGCGCUGAGGGAAAAGAACGCGUGAGCCCUGAUGAGAAGAUGGACACCUCAUUCCAGGUUGCCAUGGGAACGCACGAGUCUUCCUCACCUGGCCACGAUGCAGACAUGAAGACAGUGAUGCCCAGUGACACACUCGUCCGUCGAUCCAUAAGUCAGCAGAAGUUCGGCGUGAGCAUCACCAUUGACGACCCAGUCCGCGCUGCCAAGCAGCCGUCUCCACCGCGGGGCAAGGUCUCCAACAUCAUCCACGUCAGCAAUUUGGUGCGGCCCUUCACCCUGGGCCAGCUGAAGGAGCUGCUCAACCGCACCGGUAGUGUGCUGGAGGACGGCUUCUGGAUCGACAAGAUCAAAUCCCACUGCUUCGUCACGUAUGCCAGUGCAGAGGAGGCCGUAGCCACACGCACUGCGCUCCACGGAGUCAAGUGGCCUCAGAGCAACCCCAAAUUCCUCUCAGUGGACUUCAGUCAGCAGGAGGAGCUUGACUUCCACCGUGGUCUCCCUCUGCCUGAGAGGGCCGGUGACGAAGAGCGAGGCGUGGUGACGGCGGGCGGCGGUGCCGUCGUGGGGGCCGGGCCGGCGGUGGCCCCUGGAGCCCGAGCGCGGGGCCCGCUGCCCCCUCCCCUCCUGCCGGAGCGCGACCAGUGGGCGGAGCGCGAGCGGGAAAUGGAGCGGCGGGAACGGACGCGUGCCGAACGCGAGUGGGACCGGGACAAGGUGCGCGACUUCAGCCGCCCUGGCGACGAGCGGGAGGCCGCGGCCCGACGCUCACGCUCCCGGGACAGAGAGAGGAGGCGCAAGGAGCGUGGCAAGAGCAAGGAGAGGAAGACCGACAAAAAAGAAAAAGCACCAGAAGAGCCCCCAGCCAAACUGCUGGAUGACCUGUUCUGCAAAACCAAAGCGGCCCCUUGUAUAUACUGGCUCCCCCUCACGGAGGAGCAGGCUGCUCAGAGAGACGCGGCGCGUGCCGAACGCGCCAAGGAGCGUGAGAAGAGGAGGAAGGAGAUGGAGGAGGAGGAAGAGGAGAAGAAACGUGAGGAGGAGCGCCGGGACAGGACAAAGCUGGGAGGAGGCACAGGAGGUGGAGGAGGAGGAGGAGGAGGUGGUGGUGGUGGUGGUGAAGGCGGCGUAGGCGAGAGAGACCGAGACAGGGACAGAGACAGAGAGAGGGAGCGGGAGAGGGAGCGUGGCAGGGACAGAGACAGAGAAAGGGAGCGGGAGGCGGAUAAGCGGAGAGACGGCUACCGUCGGCCACCCGGGGCCAGCGGGGGAGGUGGAGGAGGCGGAGGUGGCGGCGGCGGCGGCAGGAGAUCUCGCAGCCGCAGCGGACCUCCACCCAGAGACAGGCGCCGCUAAAGGGAAACCAACCUGUAGCUCCCCUACUGGUCGACGUGCUGACACACCCUGCACCUCCCUCUGAGGACCAACUGAUUCCACCCUAUGAGUAAUCACAAACACACAAUAUACACACGCACACGCCCCACACACACACACACACACACACACACACAUUCUAUUAUAUAUACACAUAUACACACACAGACAACAUUGGGACCAUGCUCUGGACGGUGCGGUGUCUUUCACUUUCGACUACCAUCUCAGUCUCUCCAGUCUGAGGGUGGGACUCCAAGUGUUCAUUCUGCCCCUCAGUGUUUUUUUGCCUUUCGGUGUUCGUGGGGUUGACUUGGACGCUCACACACACACACACAACCACCCUACCCCCCCCAACCUUUCACUCAACCCACCCACUCCCCCUGCCUCUCUCCCGCCACCCCUUGUGUGCUAAGUCUCCAUGGUUUCUCAGACCGUGUUUCAAAGCCUCUUCUCAUGACCUCUUUUUCCCUUCUAUCUUUUUUCGUCUCCCUGGAUUUGUGUGUGUGUGUGUGUGUGUGUGUGUGUCUCUCUGAGUGUUUGAGUUGUGUAUCCGCACAUGCAUUGCAUCAUUCUCCUUCCCGUCUUCCCGAACAGCAGGACGAGCUGUUUAUAUGUGACAUCCUCUCGUGUCCCACGAUGAUGCCUCACAUGGCCCUGGCCCAAACAUGAAAAGGGCUGCCCUUUCCCACCCCCGAUCUUUCAUCCUGGGGGCGAAAAAAAAAAGAAAGGCUUUGGUGUGUUUGUCCUCCUUUUUGAGUCCCUCUGCCUCUCGGUUUCCCCCGCUGUAGUCUCCCUGCGCUUCCUCGGACACCCCUCCACCAUUGGCACAGCAACAUGGAGAAGGGCAUUGAGUAUUAACCUACACACACAAAUGGUUUUAAUAUUCAUUUAUUUGGUUUUGUUGUUUUUUUAAUCCUUUAUUUUAUGGAUUUUAGUUUAAAUGCUGACUUUUGUUCUUGGUUUCUUUGUUUUUUUAUUUUUAUUUUUGGUUACUCCUGUAAGUGCUGAAUGUACAAAUAAAAAGGUUAUGUUUAAGAACUGAAAAA